GUCAGUAAAUAUGCUGGCUACCCCUUGUUCUUCCUAACAUUUUCUUUUUAAACUCAUUUUUUAAAAAAAAAAACCAGUCAGGGUUGGCUAUUUGGAUAAAUAAUUGCAUUUUGGGGAAAUGGGGGGUUGAGAGUGGAUCCCAUUUAUCCUGCCUUUUGGCAGCCCGGGGCCGGAAGCCUUUAUGUUUCCAGAGAAGGAUUCCGGUGUUCAAGAAAGGAUGAAAGUCAAAAUUUCCAAAUUGCACCCCUGUUUCUCCCGGCACCCCCCUUUAGAGACGGCAAAACUCAACUUUCUUAGCGAGCCCGGAAGUACGCUCUUCUUACAGGAGUUAGGCGAUUCUGCUAUUUUUUCUCUCUAGAGGAGAAUCAGGGAACUUACUUCACGCCCCGCCCCCGGUGGCGUGUUUUCAUCUCCAGGUCUCCGCCCUCUUUUGAACGUCACCCGCGAGGCUUGCCCAACGACCAAUCAAAAGAGGGGAAAGGGGAGGCACGGCCAAUGAGCGAGCCCGUCGGCCAGCGAAGCGGGCCUGGAGAGCAAAAGAAGCUGGGCGCGGAGCCGGGGAGUCGCGUGAUCGGGCUGACCGGGCGAGGUCGCCCGGGUGGCGGCGUCGGCAUCGGCGGUCAGGGCGAUCCCCUCGGAAGACGACGACAGCCCGCGCCGCCUCUCUCAUCAUGUCCCGGUGGUUCUUCCCGUGGUCGAGCUCGAUCAAGAAGCGAGCCUGCCGCUACUUGCUGCAGCAUUACCUGGGCCACUUCCUGGAGGAGCGGCUCGGCCUGGAGCAGCUCAGCCUCGACCUGUACGCGGGCGCCGGACGCCUGACCCGUCUCCACCUCGACGUCUGGUCCGUGAAUGAGUUCCUGCAGUCCGUGGGCGCCCCGUUGGAGGUCCUGGAUGGCUUCAUCGACAGCAUUGCCGUCACCAUCCCCUGGUCUGCCUUGGUCACCGAGAACUGCACUGUGGAAGUCAGCGGGCUGCAGAUCACCUGUCGGCCCAAAUAUCGCCAAGGUCCUGCAGGCCCAGAGGGCCAAAGCUGGGCUUCCAGCAUGACCACCAGCAUGCAGUUGGCUCAGGAGUGCUUGAAGGAGCAGACGGAGGAGCCUUCGGACCCCACCCAGCCCCUGGAGGGCUUGGAGAUGUUUGCCCAAACCAUUGAAACAGUUCUGAGAAGGAUCGAAGUGACCUUUGUGGACACGGUGAUACGUGUGGAGCACACGCCCAGAAGCGGAGAGGCACCCAGUGUGGCCCUGGAAAUUCACAUCAAAAGGUUGGAGUACUGCGAUGAGGUAGUGCGGGACCCCGGGCAGGCGCUCACUGUGGACAUCCAUCAGCUUCCACCCUUUGUGCAAAAGAUUCUUCAGCUGAGCAACGUCUUGCUUUACUAUGAGGAAUUUGGUGAGGGCAGUGCCCGGGGCCCGAAGGAGACUGAGCCAUGCGAUUCCGGUGGGGAAGAAGCCAGACCCAGCCCCCUGACUCAGAUCGGAAGCUGCUCUGGACACACCGAGAUGAGGAUUAAGCUCAAGCAGAACGAGGCCUUCCCUGGAGCCAAGCUGGAGUUAGAUGGGAAGAUUGGAUCUCUGCACCUGCUGCUGGCUCCUCAACAGAUCGUGCACCUGGCGGACCUUCUCUCAUCCCUGAACCUGUCUGAAUCCGGCAUUCUGCAGGAACAGAUGAGCAAAAACCGCCCUCUGGAUGCGGAAGAUCUGAAGCUGAUUGAGCAAGACCUCAGCCAGCAGCUGCAUUCAGGGUUGGCAUCGGCGCCUGCACAUCUGGAGGGAAUGGCUGCUGGAGUGGAGAACGGAGAGAUGUUCUUCUCCAUGGCACCCAUGACGAGCAGUGUAACGUCUCUGCGCUCAGUCAGCGACCUCUCGGAUCUGGAUUCGUCGGUCCACAGUGACAUUAGCACCACUCCCUUGCAGCCCCCAACUUUUGUCCCAGGGCUGAUGCUAGGAAGCCCCCGGCGUUAUAGACGACUGCCUUUUGCCUCAACCUUGCCAGGUCUCAAUACGGUACCAGGCAAGGCAGGCCCCCUGCCGCCCCUCUCCUUGGACAGCCAGCGUCCCGAGAUGCUGCUGCGGGUGACCGUCGGGGGGCUGACCUUGACCCUGCUCCAUCAGCCACCUGGACUUUUCCCAUCGGAUGUCCUCUCGCUCGGAUUAGCUCAGCGUUUCUUCUCCCAGCUGGGGGGUCUGAAGGACACCGCCUUCGGGGGCCGGGAUUUCCAUCCCCUGCGCCACUGCUUUGAGGAGGCCAUGCCACGCAGCCAUGUCAGGCUGACCGGGGCUGCGGUUCAACUCACCUGCGAACGCAGGGCUUCUAAGCAGCUGUGUAGGCUCAACUGGGAUGCCUCCUUCGGUCUUCUGGAGAUUUUGGAGUGCCUGUGGCCCGCCAGCAGAGGGACAGGAAAACCCGAAUAUACUCAGCUGCUGGUCUUUCCCAGCCUGGGCCCCGUUCCUUACAGCCAGGCGCCUCAGCCCUGCGCACGGAUCCGGUCCAAGCACUUGGAGAAGCUGCCGUCCUCCAAGAGGGGCCUAACCAGAGGAGCCUCGUCCAAGCUCACGGUGGAACUGAUGGUGGAGCUGGCUAAUUUCCUCUGUGAAGUGGACCUGGGUACGCUGGACCGCCUCUGCUCCCUGUUGCACCCCGCCAUGGUGCCACCCCGGCCAGGUGGCUACCCUCCCGAGGAACCCGUGCCAGGUUUCCCCCCGGCUGCCCAAUGGCAGGCCAACGUCCAGCUGGUGGCCCCCAAAGGUUCCCUCCUUCUCCCGUUCCCUGUCCCGGACCUCCGGGUCUGGGCGGAGAGGCGCGCCUGGGCCGAGAAGGCGGUGCGCAGGGAGCGCUUGCGGCUGGACCUGGCCGGUGUUGAGCUGCACACGGAUCUGGAACCGACGGGUCCCGUUCAGUUAGAGGUCACGCUGACCGACUUGCACGGCAUUUAUGAAGAUGGUGGGACGCUGUCAGUGCCUUGUUUUCGGGUGGGCAAAGCCCCUGACUUACUGGCCAGAGGCAUAGGGAAGAAGUAUCUCCUCCCUAAGCUCAUCUUGACCUUCUGCCCAACGCCUACGGAUGCCCCUUGGGAUUUGGCACUGGCAGCCACCGAAGAGGUGGAGCUGUCAACAGUUGAAAGCCCCUGUGAGCUGAAGCAGCCUGAGCCUUCACCCUUCUCCUCCAAGAGGACGAUGUAUGAGACGGAGGAGAUGGUCAUCCCCGGAGACCGCGAGGAGAUGGCCGAGUUCCAGAGCCAGACGCUGGCCGCCUCCCACUACACUCUAGAGCUGACCUUCCCUACUGUUCACAUCUACUUGCCGAGCAAGAAGUUCUACGAAAGCAUAUACAACAGGAUCAAUAAUGACCUCCUGAUGUGGGAGCCCUUCAGCCCGCCCCCGAGCCCCACGGAUCCUCCAGGAGGGGCUGGAUCAGCCUCCCCCUUUGCCUCUGAUGGGCUCCCACCCGCCCACUGGGAGAACUUCCAGAUGUGCAAGUCAGCCUUUAAGCUGGAUUCGGACUCCGAGGACGACGAUUCCCACUUCUACUCGGCGGACCAGAUGGGUGCGCAGCAGAAAAGAGGGGAGCAGAGGAACCCCUUCCCGCUCAGCUGCAUCUCGGUCGUGCUCCGGGUGGGCCAGGGACGCAUUACGGCGCUCUGCAAUGCCAAAGACGAAGGAGGCAACAAGCUGGAAGCCGCUCACGGGGAACUCGUCCUGGAUGUGGAGAAUGGAAGCCUCUUCAGUGUUUCUCACUACAAAGGCUGUGAGGACAUUGGCUACUUCUGCAUCGAAGCCGAGAAGGUGGCACUUUAUCACAAAGCUGUUGUGGAGGACUACCUUACAGCUGAGCACCUGGAGAUUCCCAAUUUCCUGCCCCCCGAAGGGCUACACCCCACCAUCUACGCCUCCCAAGAGGGCUCCAUCAACUGGCCUCUGGGGGCCAAGAAGGAUGUUGUCAAGAUGUUGUCUGUGGCCAUCAAGAUCAACCUGGAUUUGGAGAAGAACAUAAAGGAGUUCCUGGUGACGCUGCGCCUUGAGGGCGCCACCAUACGGCACCGCAUGGCGCUGGCCCACCAGAGCUGGUACUCGCAGUUGAUCGACUUCCUGGAUGUCCUGGACGACCCCAUCCUGGGCUUCGUGCCCCCCGCCAUCAUCACCGUUUUGCACACCCACCUCUUCAACUGUGCCAUGGAUUACAGGCCUCUCUAUUUACCCCUCCGGGUUCUCAUCAUGGCAGAGACCUUCACCCUUUCCAGCAACAUCAUUGUGGACACCUCGGUCUUCCUCCUCCGGUUCAUUUUGGAUAACUCCACUCUGUUCCUCUCCAACAAAUGUGAAGCAGAGACUGGUGACCUGAAUAAAGAUUAUGUUUGCGUGGUGGAAAUGGAUCUCCUGGAACUGGUCAUCACCACGUGGAAAGGAGACAUAACUGGCAAACUGACCCGGCCCCUCUUUGAGUUACGCUGCUCCAACAACGUGGUCCACAUCCACACGUGCGCUGACUCUUGUGCAGCCCUUGCCAACCUCAUCCAGUACGUGGUCAACAACGGGGACCUGCACCCGCCACCUCAGCACGACAGCCCCACUGAGAGUGCGGGGCAGAAGGUGCAGUUGCCCGAGAGCCCAGCUUCUCUGCCCACCUGUCCCCCGGCUGAGACGGCGGCCAUCAACCAGCGGGACCUCACAGACGCCCUAAUGGAUACCGAACGUGGAUACCUAGAGAUGACCGGGGACUCCGGGAUGAGGCGGCAGCCUUCACCAGUCUCGGUGUAUCUCUUCCCCGGUGAGAAAGGAGUGGCAGGCCAGGGCAAAGCCCCCCUGCCCCCAGUGAUCCCGGUGGGUGAGGGGCUUGACUUCACCCCUUCGGAGGACAGUGAAGGCGAGAGCGAAGCCACGGAUGGUUUCUGCAUUUUGGAUGCGCCAGGAACGGGCAUUCCGCCGCGGGAUGGGGAACCGGUGGUGACAAAGCUCUUGGACGGCCCGGUUCACAUCCAGGAGGGCCACUUCUCUCGGCCCCUGGGCAGCACGGAUUUAUUGAAGGCCCCCUCGCACUUCCCGAUGCCGGAGAGCCGAGUCGUGAUGCGGGAAAUUUCAGUGGUCUGGCAUCUCUAUGGGGGCAGAGAUUUUGGGCCAGGGCGCUCGGCCUCUGGCCACAUGCAUUCACCCAGGACGAAAUCAACCCUUCCCGGCACCCGUUCCUCCCCCUCUCGGUCUUCCGUGCCCGGCCGACCGCAGAGCUCCGGGCGGGCGCAAGGAGGCCCUGGCCGUAUCCAUGACCUGCUGAUGGAGAUCCAGCUUACAAAGGUGAGCUUCCAGCACGAAUCCUACUCGGGGGAUUCAUCCGAGAAGCUGUCCGCGGAAUCGGAGGAGCAGCCAUUAGCCAGGCAGGUGUUCAUUGUCCAGGAGCUGGAGAUCCGAGACCGACUGGCCUCCUCGCAGAUCAACAAGUUCCUCUACCUGUACAGCAGCGAACUCCUGCCCCGACGUGCCCAUUCUAACAUGCUUACCAUCAAAGCGCUUCACGUCUGCCCUGAAGCUGGUGGGGGGGGUCCCGAGUGCUGCUUGAGGGUCUCCCUGAUGCCUCUCCGACUCAACAUAGACCAGGACGCCUUGUUUUUCCUCAAAGACUUUUUCACCAGCGUAGUGGCCAGCAUCAAUCCUGUCGUGCCCAUUGAGGCUGGAUCUGAAGGUCCUGCUGAAUCCCCCGGGAAGGACUCAGCCGAGAGGAUGAUGGCGACUUCGGUGGAGACCACGACCAGCGAAAACAGCUCCAGUGCCUCCUCUUCUUCCGAGCAGCCCAUUUAUUUCCGAGAGUUCCGGUUCACCUCCGGUCCCAUUUGGCUGGAUUACCACGAACACGUCACCGUGGACCAGGUGGGCACCUUUGCCGGCAUCCUGAUCGGAUUGGCUCAACUCAACUGCUCCGAGCUGAAACUGAAGAGACUCUGCUGUCGCCACGGGCUGCUGGGGGUGGAGAAGGUGGUCCACUACGCCCUGACCGAGUGGCUGACCGACAUUCGCAAAAACCAGCUGCCGGGCAUCCUGGGCGGGGUGGGACCCAUGCACUCCUUCGUGCAGUUGUUCCACGGCCUGCGGGACCUCUUCUGGCUGCCCAUCGAGCAGUACCGCAAGGACGGGCGCAUCAUCCGUGGUCUGCAACGUGGCGCCGCCUCCUUUGGCACCUCCACCGCCUCGGCGGCCCUGGAACUCAGCAACCGCCUAGUGCAGGCUAUUCAGGCCACCGCCGAGACCGUCUACGACAUCCUGUCCCCCACGGCUCCCCCGUCACGCGCUCUACCAGAUAGGAAGUACGCCCGCAAACUACGACGGAGCCAUCAGCCGGCAGAUCUACGUGAAGGGGUGGCCAAGGCCUACGACACCGUGCGCGAGGGCGUCAUAGACACGGCCCAGGCCAUCUGCGAUGUGGCUGCCCGUGGGCACGAGCAGAAGGGCAUCACGGGGGCCGUGGGCGGCGUCCUGCGGCAGAUCCCUCCCACCGUGGUCAAGCCGCUGAUCGUGGCGUCCGAGGCCACCUCCAACCUCCUGGGCGGGAUGCGCAACCAGAUCAAACCCGAUGCGCUGAAAGAAGAAUCCCUCAAGUGGCGCUUGGAAGAGAGCCAGGAUUAGCGGGGUGCUGCUUUGCUCGCCCCGGAUCCAAACCGCGUAGCCAGGCCCGCUUCAUUUGCACAGCCACAGAGGAGAUGGCCACAACUGUGAGAAAAGGGGGCUUCAGUAGGGCCUAAAGAUUGGGGACAUGAGCCCACCUACCCACCCACCGGAUCCCGCCGUCCGUGAGGGGUCUGCAGCCAACUCCUCCCGCCUCGCCCUUGUUUCUGUACUUUUGGGGGUCUUCCGCUGUCCCCCGUUUGUUGCAUGGUCUGCAGCUGCGUUCUCUCUCCCCAAAAACACUGGGGGGAGAGGAGCAGGAGGGCAGAGAAAAAUAACUGAGAUUAAAGAAUGUGACUUGUUUUCACCUCUCGCUUGCUUGGAUGGGCCGGCCAGGAUGCCAGAUCCUGGUUUAAGGGUUCUCUGGAUUAGGGCCAGCCCAGCGUUUGCACUCACCCCUGAUCUUUUGGGAUCUGUGUGAAAGGAAGAGGAACAGCUGGGUAGGUCAGGCCAGCACCCUGCGCGCCAUUGCUCUUGGGUAACAAGUGUUGUGGCCGUUCUUUUCGCAAAGGACUUGAGUUCGAAAGAGUUGAGCCGACAAUCCUGCAGUUGCCUAAAUACCAUCUGACUUUUGGGACCUUCCAGGUAUUCGCACCCGCUUAGCAUAUCCUGAGAUCCAGCUCACAAAAUCAAGGCAAAAGAUGGUUUAUUGUUGGAGGGCAAAUGUGUGACGUAUCCAAUUAAGGUUGUUUUUUUUAAAACUGAGUUUCUUUAACCCUAGCUUUGCUUAAAAUCCAAUCCAUGGUGAGUUAAUUUUGACAUGGUUAGCUUAGCCAAAUUUCCUGGAUUUUGAGGAUCUUUCGAUUUGUAUGGUGCUGACCUGAAGUGGACACUUUAUUCCACGUCUCACUAGUGCGGUGUAAAGCAGUACAGGUAGUCCUCGACUUACAACACAGUUCAUUUACUGACCGUUCAAAGUUAUGACAGCACUGGAAAAUGUGACUUAACAAUCGUUUCCCACACUCACAA